UGGAGGAAACUCAGAGCCCACUGAUUGCAAACACGGAAAUACACAGAAAGGCGUUCGCGCAGUUAAAGUCUAAUUUCAGUUCAAUGCAAAUGAAGCAUUUGUAAAUACGUGGACGUGGACUAUUCAACACGACAGUGACUUCCCUCUCGUUCUAUGGAUUUGCUGCAGUUUCUAUCAUGGACCUGCAUUGUGUUUACAGUCGGGAUGUUCUCGACUGGACUGACCGACCUGAAGAAGAUGCGAGAAACCAAAAGUGCAGACAACAUUCAGUUUCUGCCUUUUCUCACUACAUGCCUUAACAACCUCGGCUGGUUGUAUUAUGGGCUACUGAAGAGCGACCAGACGAUUGUGCUGGUCAAUAUUAUAGGAGCUCUCCUCCAGAUCCUCUACAUCGUUGUGUAUCUCCACUACACGCAACAAAAGAGGAAGGUGAUGUGCCACACGCUUGCAGCAGGAAUGGUGCUGACUGGUGGCUGGUUCUAUUUCACCACACUUCUUCCUGAGGGGGACACUCGACUCAGCCAGCUGGGCCUCACCUGCAGCAUAGUCACUGUCAGCAUGUAUCUGUCUCCACUCACUGAUCUGGUAGCGAUCGUGCGUAGCGGGAAUGUGCAGUGUUUGUCCUUCCCCUUGACUGUAGCCACCUUCUUCACUUCAACCUCCUGGGUUCUCUAUGGCUUCCAGCUGGAAGACAACUAUAUAGUGGUUCCAAACACCCCUGGAAUAAUCACCAGUCUCAUCAGAUUUUAUCUCUUUUGGAGAUUUAGGUCUGUCAGUCACAGUUUAUCUUCCUACAAGUCUUUGCAGAUAUGAACAUAUGAGGGCAAGAGUUAAGAAAAGAGAGCAUGUUGAGCAAAGCUUCCAUCAACAGCGAUGCCUCUUUUUUUUAGCAUUUACAUGGGAAAAGUGCAGUUAAGUUACACUACUUAUAAAAGGGAGAAAAUGUCAUGUGUGUCUUGAAUUAGUACUUGCACAACAUCAUGAAGUAAAGUACAGUAGUUCCGUUGUUGACUGAUGCCGUUUGGUUUUGCCUCUCGUCAUUAGUUCGACGUGUUUCCUCUGUGUCUAAGUGCCUUGGGUCAGGUCACGUGCGCCUUCACACAUCAGUGGCAUUUCCUGAUCUGCCAACAUGUCAGGAGAGACGUGCAGCAUGGGUCACUGCACAGUAGUGUUUGAAACAUUCCUCCACUUCCUGCCGAUGUGAUGACUCAUAUUUUUUUAAUGGUGGUACUUAUACAGUUACAGUACAGCAUCGUAUGUACAGAAUAUUGACUUGUAUCCGUGGGAUCUCUUAUUUAUGUGGGAAAAAAGAGUGGGGAUGUGGGACUUCUGUCAAAGGUCAAAUAUAUCUGUUCUUGUUCUGUUAUUUCUAUUUUUAUAAAUUCUUGGUACAAUGUAGGAGACUGAGUAAGGCUUAUUAUUGACAUGGCAUUGUAAUGAAGAACUGUUUAUUUCCUUAUUACCUAUAUCACAGCUACAUAUAAAAUAUGUAAGGUGCUGUGUAAAUAAAAAAAAAUAUUUUUACCUUCA